CCUUGGUUACGUCUUGUACACCGACUGGUUUCUUUGCGGAUGAAGCGUGGAAAGCCAACCUGUGAAAGCAAGAGAUGAGUGGGAGAGACCUGCGUACCUUUCUGUCAAGUCACCGUGCUGAGGACGUAGAGAAGCUGACGCAGAGAGUAAAGGAUGAAUUGGGAAUCACCAAAUACAAACCUGUUCAGUAUGACAAGCUUCAGGCCAUGGUGGAGGCCAAGAAGCUGUACUCUGAGAAGAUUGAACACAAGGUGCAGAAGAGUCUGCGUGUGGUGCAGGAGAGGAGAGAGAGCUGUCUGCUACGCCAGCACAGACACAUGUGGACCUCCGAAAGCCACAAACUGAGCCGAGCCAGGGAGCGACUUGAGGCAGAUUUGAGGAACUUUCUGAGCAGAAGCAGACUGGAAGAAGGGGAGGAUGGAGACCUUUUCACUGAACUGCUGCAUUUUGAUCUGAGUUUGGAGCAUGAACGUGAAGCAUUUCGCAUGGCCACAGUAGAGCCAGUGUGCCAGCUAAGAGAGGACCUGCUCUACAGACUGAUGUCACAGCCUCCAGCAGCCAAUCAGCGUGCAGAGUGGGUGCAAGUCCUUCAGCAGGUGGUAUCUGUGAAGGAACAGCAGCAGGCUGUGAUGGACAGACUGCAGGAUGAGUGUGUUGCUAUCGAGCAGGAGCUAAGUGCUGCUGGACUGGAGGAGCGACUGGAUGCUGCUGCAGUGGAGGCGUAUGUUGGUGUACUGGAGCAGAUACCAGAGGAGAUCCUGACCGCACACUGCCCUUACCCCGAGGCCAAAGAAUCCAUCAUCAGGGCCUUCAUCAACAUGUCAGAAAAAUACUCAGAGCGCCUGGAGAGAGCCCGCAGCAGGUUACUGGGCCUGGACAGGAAUUGUGGCUGGAAUGAAGAGGAUCACUUGCGGUUCCUCCACAUCAUAGGUCAAUAUUCUCCUGAGCUAAAAAACCACAGAGGGCUCUAUAUGGACAUGCUCCAGAGAAUUCUACCCCAUGUCUCCAGAGCAGAACUGAGUGCCCAUGAGCGGACCUGGGACUGGUACAGGUUCAGCGUAGAGCAGGAGAGGCUGCUGUUGGAGAGUUGGCACAGGGAGCAGGCAUUUCUCCGGCUGCGGACUCUGCGGUUGUUGGAGGAUGCCAGGGUCAUCUAUGACGAAGAGCAGAGCCUGCAGAGUGACAGAUUACACCAGCAACACAUCUGUGCACAGCUUAGACAAAAGCUUCAGCAGUGGCAUGAGCAGCAGGAAGAGGUGGCUCGGAUGGAGGCAUCUGUAGCAGCCCGCUGGCAGGAGGAGGAGAAAGAAAGACAGAGAGAGGAGCAGGAGAGAGAGCAUGCCAGGAGGACCAGACAGAAACAACAAGUGCGAGAGUUUUAUGAGGAGCAGGGGAGGAGGAGAGCGGAGUGGAGGUACAGGGAGGAGACGAGACUGGCACAGCUCAGGAGAGAGAUGGAGGAACAGGCAAGGAGAGAUAAAGAAAGGGUGCAGUUCAGAGAGAAGUUGCUGCAGCAUCGACAGCAGGAGCAACAAGCUAAAGAGAGACUCAAACAGAGAAAGGAUGAGGAGCGAGAGGAGAGACUACAGACACUACGCAAUCAGGUUGCCAUUGUUGCAGAGGCAGACCCAGAGAGGAUGAUGGGACAGACUGAAGCAUGGAGAACCCGUCUACAGCCUGACAAAGAAGAGUUCAUGCUGCAGAGACCCCUCUAUCACUUACACACCUAUACAGACACACAGAUCGUGGCUGACCCGAGGGUGCGUAUAGAGCAGGCGCUCAGGACGGCAGGUCUUCAUCACACACACUACGCACGAACGCUACUUUCAGAAAUCCCACCACCAAAACCACCGCGACGAGACACAGAAUCCACCGCCUUCAAAUCCUAACCUUAAAUUGUUCAUAUCACUCACACACUUUUAAUGUUUCAUCUUACGUGGAAAAAAAUCAGUAACAGGAACCAGGACAUUCUGCUCCACAGCAGCAUGCUGCAGAGCGACAUGAUUUUCAUUGCAGGCAGAAAAAAAGGAAAGGGACUCUAAUCAGUAAGCGUAAUCAUUAUUAUACUUUAUUGCAUAAUACUGGAAAUGAAAUGGUUUGCAAAAAAAUUAAUAUUCUGUUUAAAUGUGAAUUUGAGAUUAAAUCCAGACAGCAUCACUGUUGAAAGGAGAUUAGAAGAGCUCUGCUACUUCACCUCUGCUGGGUUCAUUAAUGUAUCUCUGAGAGAUGGUGCUUUUGAAUAGGGAUGAGUGUCCAAUCUUAGAGCUAGUGUGACUGCAGAUUUUCAUCCCAAUCAAACAGGAGUUACACCAGAUACCACAUAUUUAACCGGUCUUCUUCCUUGAAUGACUGAUGAGUUGUGUUAGCAGUGCAGUUCAUUCUGAAGGGACCUUACACACGGCAACCCUGUUGUGUUGACCAUCGCUUCAAAGGGCCCUUCUACAUGGUCAUUAUUUAAUGAACCACCUGAAUGAUUCACUUUAUACUGGAGAUGUUUUGCAGUGUUAUUACUCUGAAUGGAAAAACUGUGAUUGGAACCAGCCUACCAACUUAUAUGUGUUAGAGGUGAUGUGCUUUGGUUAAACAUUAUCUUAAACAUGCCAGUGCAUUUGGGUAAGAGUUUAGGUUUUAAAGAUCCAGUUAAAAAAAAAAGAUGACAAUAUUUCUCUGGUGGUCUUUUCUUUUCCAAAGAAGCACAACUACAUAUUUUC